CCACGCUGCUUCCCACCCUCGGUUCCAGGAGUGAAGCGCGGACCUUUCAACAAGAGCUUUAUUGAUUCUCUCGCUGGGCUCCCGGAACGCGAUGGAGGCAGCCAAUUGCUCCCUGCGGGUCAAGAGACCCUUACUGGAUCCCCGCUUCGAGGGCUACAAGCUGUCUCUAGAGCCGCUGCCCUGCUACCAGCUGGAGCUUGAUGCAGCUGUAGCAGAAGUAAAACUUCGGGAUGACCAGUAUACGUUGGAGCACAUGCAUGCUUUUGGAAUGUAUAAUUAUCUGCACUGUGAUGCCUGGUAUCAAGACAGUGUCUACUACAUUGAUAACCUUGGGAGAAUUAUGAACUUAACAGUGGUGCUGGACACCGCCUUAGGAAAACCUCGAGAGGUGUUCCGACUCCCUACAGAUUUGACAACAUAUGACAAUCGUCUUUGUGCUUCUAUCCAUUUCACAUCCCCUACCUGGGUUACCUUGUCAGACGGAACUGGAAGAUUAUAUGUCAUUGGAACAGGCGACCGUGGAAAUAGUCCUGAAAAAUGGGAGAUUAUGUUUAAUGAAGAACUUGGGAAUCCAUUUAUUAUAAUUCAUAGUAUCUCAUUGCUGGAAGGUGAAGAGCACUCAGUAGCUAUGCUUCUUCUUCGAAUAGAGAAGGAGGAAUUGGACAUGAAAGGAAGUGGCUUCUAUGUUUCUUUAGAGUGGGUCACUGUCAGUAAGAAAAAAGAAGAUAGUAAAAAGUAUGAAAUUACCAAGCGUCAUGUUCUCCGUGGAAAGUCAGUGCCGCAUUAUGCUGCUAUUGAGCCCAAUGGAAACGGUGUAAUGAUUGUAUCCUACAAGUCCUUCAAGUUUAUUUCAGUUGAUCAGGAUCUUGAAGAAAGUAUGGAUGAAGACAGGUCAGAGAAAAUCAAAGUAGAACCUUUGUAUUACUGGCAACAAACUGACGAUGAUUUGACAGUAACAGUAAGGCUUCCAGAAAACUGUACUAAGGAAGAUAUUCAGAUACAGUUUUUGCCUGAUAACAUCAACAUUAUGCUGAAGGAAAUCCAGGUUUUGGAAGGAAAACUCUAUUCAUCUAUUGAUCAUGAAAGCAGUACAUGGACAAUUAAGGAGAAUGAUAGCUUGGAGAUUUCCUUGAUUAAGAAGAAUGAAAGUCUGACAUGGCCAGAGCUGGUGGUUGGUGAUAAACAAGGGGAACUUAUAAGAGACCCAGCCCAAUGUGCUGCAAUAGCAGAGCGCUUGAUGCACCUGACCUCCGACGAGCUGAAUCCAAAUCCAGAUAAAGAAAAACCUCCUUGUAAUGCUCAGGAAUUAGAAGAAUGUGAUAUUUUCUUUGAAGAGAGCUCCAGUUUAUGCAGAUUUGAUGGCAAUACAUUAAAAACAACUCAUGUGGUAAAUCUUGGCAGCAACCAGUACCUGUUCUCAGUCAUUGUGGAUCCUAAAGAAAUGCCCUGCUUCUGUCUACGCCAUGAUGUUGAUGCCCUUCUGUGGCAACCACACUGCAGCAAGCAGGAUGACAUGUGGGAGCACAUUGCAACCUUCAACGCCCUAGGUUACGUCCAAGCAUCAAAGAGAGACAAGAAAUUUUUUGCCUGUUCUCCAGAUUAUUCCUAUGCAGCUCUUUGUGAGUGCCUUCGCCGAGUAUUCAUCUAUCGGCAGCCUACCCCCAUGUCCACUGUGCUUUACAACAGAAAGGAAGGCCGGCAUGUGGGGCAGGUUGCUAAGCAGCAAGUAGCAAGCCUGGAAACCAAUGAUCCUAUUUUAGGCUUUCAGGCAACAAAUGAGAGAUUAUUUGUUCUCACUACCAGAAACCUGUUUUUAAUAAAAGUAAAUACAGAGAAUUAAUCCUCCAACAUUUGGCUGAAAAGUUUCCAGUGGCACCUGGAGAACUGAACAGUUGUACUGUAACUUGUUAAGUUUUAAUGUGUUAAAUGAAAAUAUCUUUCAUGAAGUUUUAUUUUUAAAGGGUAUUGGAAAUGUAUUCAAGAGAUUAUGAAUCUGUAAAAGCUAUGGGAUAGAUGAAGCUACGGAUUUAGAGAACAUUGACUUCUGUAAAAAAUAUGAAGAUUUUGACAAAUGUAGUUAUUUUUUAAAAUCUGGUGAUUAAAUCUCAUCUUUUAUAUGACAAACAUACAAUUGUUUAAAAAUAAAAAUAUUUAUCAUGUGCUUAGCUCAUUAUUUAGAUUGCUAUAGUCACUGUAUAGAAUGUUUAGGGUAGCAGUAAAAUACUGAGCAUUAUAAGGUAUUUUAAUGGGCUGAAGUCUGUGUAAAGAAUUGUGAGUCCAGAGUUACAAGAGUACAGCAGUUUUGAUAAUGUUGCUUAUAAACUUUAAUUGUUUUCAUAGUAAACAUAGAUUUGUUUAUGUAUUUGCUCUACUACAUUGUAGAAAGUUAGGCAUUUUCCAUUAUUACAUAACCAAGUACCACAAAGCUCACAAAGCUCAGGUGUUUAAGAGUUUAUUCCAGCAUCUGGAAGGCUAAGGCUGGAGAAUUACCAGUUCAAGGCCAGCCUGGACCUCAUAACAAGACCUUGUCUCAAAAUAAAAACAACUCAAGGUUUAUGAUUCAUUUUUCUUGGUUCUGUGACCUGGCUUUUCAUGCUCUGGGUGGUCUCUUGUCUUCUAGCAGGCUAAGCUGUGCUUCCUGCCGUGAAAGAGAACAGUCUAAGAGCAAACCAGGGUGCAAGGGUUGGCCAAGCCUGAACUUCCAUGUUUGCUAAAAAAAAUGGACAAUUGUAGCACGAACCUUAAAAGUUCUUAUUAAUAAAAUCAAACCGGAAGCCAGGUAUUGGGGUGAAUGCUAGAAGAUCAGAGAAGCAGAACAAACCACAGCUUCCUUACCUUGCCAAUUCCUCAGACUGGAUUCCUCAGACUUGCUAUUUCCUCAGACUGGAUGCCUCUCAGCUGAACUAUGCUGCUCAAAAGCCUAAAAACUUAACCAGCUAGUUCCUGGUUUUCACGCCUUAUAUACCUUUCUGCUUUCUGCCAUCACUUCCUGGGAUUAAAGGCGUGAGUCACCAUGCCUGGCUGUUUCCAGUGUGUCUUUAAACUCAUAGAGAUCCAGAUGGAUCUCUGCCUUCAGAAUGCUAGGAUUAAAGGCCUGUGUGCCACCAUUUUCUGGCCUCUAUAUCUAUCUAGUGGCUGUUCUGUUCUCUGACCCCAGGUAAGUUUAUUAGGGUGCACAAUAUUUUGGGGAACACAAUAUCACCACAGACAAUGUGAUUCACAUGGCCAAGUCUAAACAGACAGCAGAGCUGUAACACAUUAGGGCCAUUGAUGUGACAGGCUCAUAGGACAGAUUAUACUAUAGUUGUCUCAUUAAAAUCUCUUUACUUUUCUGACAGUUUAUUUUAUUUACACAUUGAAUUUUUUCUCCGCAAAUAUUUGUGGUUCAGACUUACUCCCCAAACUUCUUUCAAUUUGUAUUUAU